ACGACCAACGACCGAGCACAUCUAUGUCAGCGUCUGUCGUCCGGAACAGAAGCCCAAUGCCAAAGCCGGCGAGCACGGAGGAUCUACGCAGUGAACUAGACAACUCCGCUCAAUCUGGUCUCGACAAUGGAGCGGAAACACAGCAUUUAACCCUCCGGUCUAUCGUCGUCGGCAUCGCUAUCGGCACUUUAGUUACUUUCAGCAACUGUUACUUCGGCCUUCAAACAGGAUGGGUUUCCAUGAUGAGCCUGCCGUCCUCACUCAUUGCAUUCGCAACCUUCAAAGCUUUCAGUUCGCAUUUAUCGACGCCGUUCACGCCUACGGAGAAUGUGUUGUGUCAGACAAUUAGUGUGGCUGUUGGGACGAUGCCUCUUGCCGCUGGGCUCGUCGGUAUCAUCCCCGCCAUGGAAAAGCUUCUUACAGCAGAAGAAGGAGGACCCAUAACCUUCAAUGUAUGGCAGCUGAUGAUUUGGAGCGCCGGAGUUGCGUUCUUCGGCGUUUUCUUCGCCGUACCAUUACGGAAGCAGGUCAUCAUCAAGGAGAAGCUCCCUUUCCCGUCCGGAAAGGCCACCGCGACAAUGAUUUCUGUAUUACACGCACAACCUUCCCGGUCUCCCAACUCGCCGGGAUUCACUGAGAAGUCCUGGGGGACUAAGAUGAAGUGCCUUAUGUACUCAUUCGCUGCAUCCGGCAUUUACACGAUCUCAACCUAUUUCGCGCCGGCUCUGCGUUCCUUACCGGUAUUUGACUGGAUAACCUUAUACAAGUUUAAUCUAGCAGAAGACUGGUUGUGGGCUUUCCAGCCCUCCCUAGCAUAUGUGGGUCAAGGUAUGAUCAUGGGUCUACCUACAACUCUGUCAAUGCUCCUUGGUGCCAUCAUUGGGUGGGGUUUCCUAUCUCCACUUAGCAAAUCGCAAGGAUGGGCGCCAGGUCCUGUCGAUGACUGGGUUGAGGGAAGCAAAGGCUGGCUCCUUUGGGUCUCACUCGCUAUCAUGCUUUCGGACGCUAUGAUCAGCUUAUUGGUCGUUAUUGUUCGCGCUUUCGCGGCAUUCACUGGAAGGAAUAAUGAGCCCGAUCCAGAUGCUCCGCCGGAGGAGUUGGUGAGUACGAACACCAUUGUCAUAGGUUUGUUUGGCUCAAGCGUGCUGUGUAUUGUGGCAAUCAAGCUCGUGUUUGGAGAUAUAGUGCCGGUAUAUGCUAUUGUCGCCGCAAUCCUUUUGGCAUUGCUUUUGUCUGUGCUUGGGGUGAGAGCGUUGGGUGAAACGGAUCUUAAUCCAGUCAGCGGCAUCGGGAAAAUCAGCCAGUUGCUCUUCGCCUUCAUUGUGCCGAGGUCAAACGUCAAUGCUGUGAUUAUCAAUCUCGUUGCGGGAGGUGUUGCGGAAGCGGGUGCUCAGCAAGCCGGUGACUUGAUGCAGGAUUUGAAGACUGGGCAUCUCCUAGGUGCUUCCCCGAAAGCUCAGUUUCAGGGUCAGAUGAUUGGUUCUGCUUUCUCUGUGGUGCUUUCAGCCGUCAUUUACAAGCUGUACAUGCACGUAUAUGAGAUCCCUGGGCCUAUCUUCCGUGUUCCCACGGCAGAGGUAUGGAUUGAUUGCAGUCGAUUGGUCAUGGGUCAUGGGCUGCCUCCCAUGGUUCGCCCGGCGUGUAUUUUGUUUGCCGUCAUUUUCGGCUCCAUCUCACUGAUCAAGGCUACCGUACGAAAACCCUGGACCAUUUACCUUCCCUCAGGUCUUGCUGCGGCUGUCGGAAUGUACAACCUUCCUGAAUUUACAUUAGCACGAGUUGUCGGCGGUGUUCUAUCGUGGUGGUGGUUGCGAAGAUGUCGUGAGAGGCAGGAUCAAAAAGCGGAGGUAUUGAGCAUCAUCAUGGCGUCCGGAUUGGUUCUUGGCGAGGGUGUAUUUUCCAUCUUGAAUUUAGCGCUGGCCGCAGCAGGAUGUCCUCACCUUUAGCUGGGUCUCGCAGUUUAACAGGGUUCAGGCAAAGAACAAUGACCCGGAAUAUGAACUCUGACUUGCAUUUUGCUUAUGAUAUUCAAUGCCCCAUUAUGCUGAUGCUGCUAGCCAACAAAACAAAAGAAACCAAGACCUAGACCAAGAAGCAUACUUCUGAAAAUUCAACCUCCAAG